AUGGGUGCAUGCAGAAAUUCAGAGGCAGGGGACAUUAUGCAUGUAUCCAUAAUACCCAUAAUUUCAAAUGGAGUGUCUAAUUCAUGCAGUCAUUUUCAUCCGUCCAAUGGUCUUUCAUUAUUAUUGUAUAUUAUUGUUAAUGCUAUUGUUAUUGUCAAUGUUGUUAAUUAUUGCUAUUGGUAUCCAAACGCCACUUUGUUUUCUAUGUCUCAAGUGCAAUUUGUUACAGUUGAGAGUACGAUACAACUGAGCAAUAAACCUUAUAAAAUGCAAAGAGCGCGCGGUUUAGGAAAGUCUCCUUCCUCGCAAAUGCACUACAUUAACAGGCUGGUGACACACAAUAGUCCAUUGAUACGCGGAUACAUUUGUAUAAUUGAAGAUAUUAGCCAAUUCUCGAUAUACACUUUUGCUUCUCUCAAGCACAAGUACUAA